AUGUCAGUCCGAUCAAGCCUUACCGGACCCUUCGCCGAGAUCACGGUUGGCACUGGAGAUGCGGCCGUUGUGUUCAACCUUCCCAAAGUGCUACUUUGCAACUCGUCUACCUACUUCAAAGCCGCUCUCAACAAUGGGUUCUCCGAGACUGCGACCCAGUCGAUUUCUCUAGAUGAUGAAUCUCCUGAGGUCUUCCGCACCUACGCUGCCUGGCUCUUUGAACAUGAGAUCUGUCAGAACGUGGAACAACUUGCCUGCUUCGAAAGCCACAUGUUCCAGGUCUAUAUUUUCGCAGACAAGCGAGGUAUCAUAGGUCUCCCAAAUGAUGUGGUCACCAAGCUAUCCUCCUUUUGGUGUGAUCAAAACAUUAGCAUGGGUGUUACCACAGAAUACCUCCCUCAACUCUCAUCAAGCUGUACUCUCUACCAAAUGACUUUGGACAGCAUGAUAUUGGAGUUAAGAGCAUCGGACAAAGACAAUGAUGAUGGCUUCUGGCAGAAUUUCGUUGAUCACCCUAAAGUGGUGUUGGUGGACCUUUUCAAGAAAGAAAACAUGUUUCCAGCCAGCUUUCAGGGUUUCUACGGCUGUUUCAAAUCCAUCUGUCACUACCACGUGCACGAUGACAAGACUGAGGAGGACGCUUGCAUCGAGGAAGUUGAAGCUGGCCGUAACGUCUUCAGUCAUUACGACGGUCCGUCGAAGCAGAUUGAUUGGGAGUGGUAG